CGAACUUUCAUCUCGAAACCCUAAAUCCUUCGAGCUCGCAGCCGCAGAGAUCGACGGCGAUGGACUUCGCGGGGCCUGCGUCGACGUCGGCGGCGAAAUCGGGGAGGAAAUCAGACGGGGGAUUGGAUCCGGUGCUCGGAUUUAAGAUCACUUUCAGAAGAAUCGGCGCUGGGUUGCAAAAUCUUGGAAAUACUUGCUUUCUUAAUUCAGUUCUGCAAUGCCUGACUUAUACUGAGCCUUUUGCGGCGUAUUGUCACAGUGGAGAGCAUAGAUCUUCUUGUCGUACUGCAGGAUUCUGUGCAAUGUGCGCUCUUCAAAACCAUGUCAUGAAUGCUCUACAGUCAACGGGGAAAAUUCUUUCACCUUCUCAUCUUGUGAAAAAUUUGCGAUGUAUAUCUCGCAAUUUUCGCAAUUCAAGACAAGAAGAUGCUCAUGAGUAUAUGGUGAACUUGCUUGAAUCAAUGCACAAAUGUUGUUUACCUUCUGGUGUCCCAACUGAAUCUCCUAGUGCUUAUGAGAAAAGUUUAGUCCACAAGAUAUUUGGUGGUCGGCUUAGGAGCCAGGUGAGGUGCUUGCAAUGCAACUAUUGCUCAAACAAAUUUGAUCCCUUCUUGGAUUUGAGUUUGGAAAUUCUGAAAGCUGAUUCUUUAACGAGGGCACUCAUGCAUUUCACUGCUAAGGAGCAGUUAGAUGGGGGUGAAAAGCAAUAUCAAUGUCAACGCUGCAAACAGAAGGUUAGAGCGAGUAAACAGCUUACUGUUCAUAAGGCUCCAUAUGUCCUUACCAUUCAUCUCAAGCGAUUUGGUCCUGAUGUUCUUGGACAAAAGAUUGAUAAGAAAGUGGGUUUUGAGCCUAGUUUGGAUUUAAAACCCUUUGUCAGUGACCCACAGGAAGCAGAUUUGAAAUACACACUUUAUGGAGUUUUGGUACAUGCUGGCUGGAGCACUCACUCGGGUCACUACUACUGUUUUGUACGCACGUCUAGCGGCAUGUGGCAUUCUCUUGAUGAUAACCAGGUACGACCAGUUAGUGAGAAGACUGUACUAGGUCAGAAGGCAUAUAUGCUUUUUUAUGUCCGGGAUAGAAGUUCAGCAGUUAAAAGAUCAGCUGAUUUUUCUCAGAAAGAGAAUAUGCUGUCAAGUGCCCUUGGGAGUAAAGUGAUUUGUAGACCUCCCUUUACAAAUGGAGCAAUGCAGAAUUCGGAAAGAAACUUAAGUAUUUCUACAUGCAGCUCUACCAAAUUUAAAACUGAUGAUACCUCUCAUGGAAGCACUACACAAAAGGAAUCUCCAACCUCACAAAAUAAUGGUCAGGCCACAGUAAGACAAGAUACUUGUUUGGAAGCAAACUGUGAAGUUUCUUCUGAUCAAUUGCAGUUAAAGGAUUCUGUAAAAUUGGAAAAUCCCUUAACACAGAUGCCACCUGUUACAACGUCUAGUCAAAAUAAACAGGCAACUAAUGAAUCAACUCAUCCAUCUGAUUCGAAAGACAAUGGUAUCAUCACUACAUCUCAUUCAACUGGUUCCUCCUUUACAAGGGAAAGUCAACAAGUUGCCCAAGAAAAAUCUGGACUUAACAGUGGCUGCAAUAGGAAAGUGGUAUUGUCAGUUCUUGCUGCUCAGCCAACCAGCAAUCUUCUCAGCCAGGAUGGCCUCCAUAAUGAUGGGACCAUAAACGCUAUCUCUCAGAAUAAUGAUAACCCUUGCAAGAUGGAAAUUGAUCGUGCCUCUGCCAACAAGAAGUCAAAAACUGUUUGUAAGCAGUUGGCCGGUAUUAAAGGAAACAUUAAAAAGGAACACUUCAAUGAAAAAUCUGCUGCACAUCAGUCCAUCCAGAAAACUGUUCCUGAGGGUGACAACUGCAUGAGUACCCAGAGAACUGGAAAAAGACUGCUAGAAACAGACGAAUGUGGAUUAAAUACUUCAAUAAAGAUGAAUGUUGCAAAUGGUCAUCUGCAACAAAAAGCUGUUGCAGUAGAAAGAGAAAAGUCAGCUGGUGAUAGCUCUGAGACAAAGUUGCAGAGGAAAAAACCUGGAAGAUCACUCCUAAAUGGCCAGCAUUUUGGACGAAGAAAACUAUUUCUCACAUCCUUAUAUGUACAUAAGAAGAAGCACAAGAGAAGUAAAAAACACCGUCUAAAUUCUAAGAACACGAUGAAAGAUCUAGAGGAUCUCCAUGCAGAUGAUCAGGGGGUAUCAACAUCUAAGGCCACUAAGGUGGUUGAUGGAGCUUCUACAGGCUCCUCCAAGAAGCGGCCUCAUUCCAGAGUAAUUACAGAGAACAAAGUUCUAGGAGCAAACAAUGCUGAAUUUUUCAGUGGUGAUUUUGUGCAUAUCAGAAAUUUAGAUGAAAGCAUGAAAAAUGAUACCAAUAUAGAUGAUCAGGGGGUGUCGAUGUCCGAAAGCAAUAAGGUGUUUGAUGUAGCUUCUGCAGACUCUUCCAAAAGGAGCUCUGGUUCCCGAUCAAACAAAAAAGAAAAUGUUGAGGGAUUGAAUAGUGGGAAAAAUUGCAAUGCUUACUUUGUGCAUAAUAGAAAUUCAGAUAGAAGUAGUAAAUUUGAUAUCGUGCUUGCUGCAUCAGACCAAUCCACAACACCUCUCAACUCUACUGGACAUCAGUGUGAAGGGAGGGAGGCAGAUGCCUAUGGUAAAGCUCCAGUCCAGAAAGGCGUUGUGAGUCUGUUGACGAGCUUAAAAGAGCCCACUGUUCCUCGGUGGGAUGAUGCAGAAUUGCCAUCAUCUCAAUCACAUGACUUGGACAAUGCACAUGGAAGCAACAUCGGUUAUAUUCUUGACGAGUGGGAUGAGGAAUAUGAUCGAGGGAGGAGGAAGAAGGUGAAGAAAUCCACCCGCACUUUUGGCGGACCAAACCCGUUCCAAGAGAUUGCCAACAUAAAAUUAAAGCAGCAUAAUAUGCAGUCGAAGAGAUAUGGGAAUCAACCGUUGAGGAUAUGAUGGCGAAAUAAACUAUCUUGUGUUGUAACCAUUUUGUCUUGAAUAAUAAUUAUUAUUUCAUGUUUAUUUAUGUCGUCCCCCCUUUGUUUCCUCUUUCCCACCAAGUUUUGUUCUAGAUUUCUUGAGUUUUAUGAUCCUUGAAAUAUAUCCUGAUUAUUUGAGAGUACUUGUGUAACUAAGAACAAGUCUGAACUUUUUAUGAUAAUUAUGUUGGCAGCUAA